AUGAAGCUCAGCGGGGCGUCGUUUCGUUUGCCGCGGUCGCCGUGGUUUCUAGCAUUUUGCUUAUGGAUAUUUUUUAUUCAAACCGCCAAGGCGUCACUUGGUGACCGACUGCCAGAUUUCAAAGAGUGUGUUCAGGUGUGCAUACUCGAGAAUUGCGAGAAAAGCCCGGUGUCAUUGCCGAUACACCUCCGACUCCUUCUCUGGGAUUGUCCGUCAGAGUGCGACUAUACAUGCCAACAUGUCGUCACCCACAAGCGGCUUUCCCGCGACCCGCCAAUGCUUGAACCCGUCCUCCAGUUUCAUGGAAAAUGGCCGUUUCGUCGUAUCCUUGGAAUUCAGGAGUUCUUCUCCGUUUUCUUCUCUCUCCUAAACUUCUUAGCUCACCAGCAAGGUAUGGCCAGAGUUCGCGAGUCGAUACCGGCGUCGUAUCCGCUACGGAAAUAUUAUCUGGGCUUUGGAUACUUUGGCAUGGCCAGCUGGAUCUUUAGUAUGAUAUUCCACACCCGAGAUUUUCCCCUGACAGAGAAGCUCGACUAUUUCGCGGCCGGAGCUAGCGUGCUCUAUGGACUCUACCUCUCCGUAGUGCGAGUCUUUCGCCUAGACCAAACUCGUCCACGGGUUAAACCUACACUUCUACGUUGGUGGUCGUUGCUCUGCUGUGGUUUGUAUGUGGGCCAUGUCUCGUACUUGAGCUUUUGGACCUGGGAUUACUCGUACAACAUGGCAGCAAACGUGGCGGUAGGUAUAACGCAAAAUUUGCUUUGGAGCGGGUUUAGUAUCUCCCGAUACAGGAAAUAUAUGAAAGGCUGGACUGCGUGGCCGGGAAUGAUAGUCGCAUGGCUUAUCGUCGCGAUGAGCCUGGAGCUUUUGGAUUUCCCUCCAGCAUGGGAGCUGAUUGAUGCCCACAGCCUCUGGCAUCUGGGGACCGUCAUUCCCACGAUCUGGUGGUACACAUUUCUCAUUAAAGACGCACAAGAUGACCUGAUUGGACAGAGGCUGAAGGCAUAG